AUGGGCUCAAAAAUAAAGACCAUCGAGGGCAAGAUCAUUCCGGCUUCCAGACGACCAGAUGGGUCCUGGCGGAAGGCUCGUCGCAUCCGAGAUGGUUACGUGCCACCGGAAGAGGUUCCUCUUUAUAAAAUCAGGGGCAAGGAUGGUGUGCAAAUUUCCAUGUACCCAAUAAUCACUUCUGAGGCUACGGAAAAGCAGGAGUUGCAAGAGCCGCAGAUUCAAAGUGUUAUGUUGCCUGAAGUAAACACAAAGGUCACCCAAUUAUCAAAGGCUUUUGGUAAUACAUUGAAAUUGGAUGAUGCUCAGGAUGCUGUUAAAAACUGA